CGGAGCGCCCCGCCCGGGGCCCGGGCGCUGUCCGCCACGCCCUGGGAGCAGCUGGCGCCGGGCCGGGAGCCGGAGCCGCCGCCGGCAGCCAAGAGGAGGAGGAAGAAGAAGGAGUACGAGAACCAGGACGUGAACGGGUUCGCGGAGCAGCGCGGCCAGCAGCGGGCUGCGGAGGAGGAGGAGGCGCGGAGGAAGGACAGGCGGCGGGAGAGCAGGAGGCUGAGGAGGCAGGAGAGGAAGAGAAACGCCAUGGUGUGUUUCCACUGCAGAGAACCUGGCCAUGGCGUGGCUGAUUGUCCUGCAGUGCUGGAGAGCCAAGACAUGGGGACGGGGAUCUGCUACCGCUGUGGAUCCACGGAGCACGACAUCAGCAAAUGCAGAGCCAAGGUGGAUCCAGCUGCUGGGCCAUUUCCUUAUGCAAAAUGUUUCAUCUGUGGUGAGAUGGGGCAUCUGUCAAGGUCCUGUCCGGAUAAUCCCAAGGGAUUGUAUGCUGAAGGUGGGGGCUGCAAACUUUGUGGUUCUGUGGAGCACUUCAAGAAGGACUGCCCGGAGAAGCAGAACGCAGGUGAGCUGCAGGGGGUGUGGGGUGGGUGUGGGCCCUGCUCUGCAUGGCUGUGGGCAGGGAAAAGGCUUUGGGAAGAGAACUUGGAAGCAGCAGAGGUGACCUUUUGUUGGGACACUCAGGCAGGGUGUGGAGGAGGCAAUGAGGUGCAAUGCAAAAAUAAGAUAUAAUAAUUGUAUUUUUUUUUAAAAAAAAGUUAUUCUUGUGUGUAUCUGAAGGCCAUAUGAA